AUGGCCGGAUACAAUGGGCGUCGCGCGCCUAACUUUUCUCAAUACUUGGAUGAUCUGAACGCCAUUCCAUCAGCUUACGAUCAAGCUCUCCAGCAGCAGCAGCAGAACGCGUUCAACGGGGAUGAUGAGCUGGCACUAUUCACCAAUGCCGAGUUCUUCGAUUUUGACAACUUCCCUAGCCUGGAUCUGCCGGCCUUCGAUUCUUUGGACGAUAAAACUACACAUGGCGAGGUGUCUGAACAGCCUACACAAAAUGAUGAUAUGAAGUUUUUGGACUUCCUUAAUGAUGGAGGCCUUGACAACAUCACCGAUUUCCAAACCCCUCUGAAUGGUGUGAACACACAACAGGCCCACAUCCAGAAUGCGCCUUUCUCGGCUGUAUCUUCCGUUCCCAAUGUCCCUGUGGCCCCUCACUCGGCGGCGGCUCCGGCCGUGCCUAUGAACGCUCCUCAGAGUGUGGCACCAGCCCAGGUCCCAACUCCGGCUCAAAGCCUCAGCCCCACGACACCUAUCACAUCUGGCCCUAAGCGCAAGAACACCCAGAAGGUGCCUCAGCCUACCCCCGAGGAGGACGCACGUGGUGUUGCUGAUGAGGACAAGCGCCGUCGUAACACAGCUGCCAGUGCUCGUUUCCGUGUGAAGAAGAAGAUGCGCGAGGCAGCCUUGGAACACACAGUCAAGGAAACCAAUGAUAAGAAUGACGCUCUUGAGGCUCGUGUCUCCCAGCUCGAGCUAGAGAACCACUGGUUGCGUGGAUUGAUCAUGGAGAAGAACGGCAGCGAAGAGCGCAAUGAGGCCUCUGAGAAGGCGAUCUCCGACAUGUUCAAGACCUUCCUUGCAUCACGCGGCGAGACCACAAGUCCUUCCACAGCCAAGCACGGUGUUGGAACCACUGUAUAA